CUCGUGUCGAGGCGGCACAAGACACCUGUCGCCUCCACGCAUCGCAGACAAAGCCGAAGGCUCGGAGAAACAGUCUCUCUCCUCUCUCUCUCUCUCCAGCGAGCAGUCACCCCCUCAAUUUUCCAAAAAAAAAAAGGAAAAAAAUUAAAAAGAAAAUUAAGAGUUGUUUGCACAGCUAGCUUUCAAGUUUAGAAGAUGGGGUCUAAUUUCAACUUCAAGAGCUUUGGUGAAGCACCACCAGUGGAAGGCAAUGGUGGGAGGGCAGGAGGAAGUUUUGGAUUGGCGCGGCAGUCUUCGGUGUACUCAUUGACGUUUGAUGAGUUCCAGAACACGAUAGGUGGACUUGGGAAGGAUUAUGGAUCAAUGAACAUGGAUGAACUGUUGAAAAAUAUAGGGACCGCUGAGGAGACUCAAGGCAUGACGGCUACUUCUGGGGUCGGAAGGGAAGUAAAUGCCCCGGGGGGUAAUUUGCAGAGACAAGGUUCGUUAACGUUGCCGCGAACGCUUAGUCAGAAAACGGUUGAUGAGGUUUGGAAAAAUUUGAUUAGAGAGACUACUGAUGAUAAGUAUAAUAAUGUUGCUGCCGGUUCGAAUUUGCCACAGAGACAACAAACUUUGGGAGAGAUGACUUUGGAGGACUUUUUGGUGAAAGCAGGGGUCGUGAGAGAAGAUAUACAGCCACCAGUUGUAAGGCCUAAUAAUGGUGGAUUCUAUGGUGAAUUAUACCGUCCUAAUAACAACGUUGGUUUGGCUUCCGGCUUUCAACAACCGAAUAUAAGCAACGGUAUUUUGGGGAAUCGAGUUGCGGACAACAAAAAUUCAGUUCCAAUUCAAUCUCCUACUUUAGCACUUAAUGUUGGUGGAGUGAGAACUUCUCAGCAACAAACGCUGCAGUUGCCCCCACAACAGCAGCCACUCUUCCCCAAGCCUACAACCGUGGCGUUUGCCCCUUCUAUGCAUUUGGUAAACAAUGCUCAGCUAAGUAUCCCAAGAACUAGGGGACCAAUGGCUGGGGUUGUGGAACCUUCUAUUAACACCGCUUUCUCUCAAGCUGGAGGGUUUCCGGGUGCAGGAAUUGGCGCGGUUGGUUUGGGCACUGGGGGCGGUGCAGUUGCAACAAGAUCUCCUGCAAAUCAGAUAUCACCGGAUGUAAUUGCUAAGAGCAGUGGGGAUACAUCUUCAUUGUCGCCGGUACCUUACAUGUUUAACCGGGGAAGGAAGUGCAGUGGAGCUGUGGAGAAAGUAGUUGAGAGAAGGCAAAGGAGAAUGAUAAAAAACAGAGAAUCUGCUGCAAGGUCUCGCGCUCGUAAACAGGCCUAUACCUUAGAACUAGAGGCAGAAGUUGCAAAACUUAAAGAAAUGAACGAAGAAUUACAGAAAAAACAGGAGGAAAUUGUGGAAAUGCAGAAAGAUCAGAUGUUGGAGACAAUGAAGCGGCAAUGGGGAGGUAAAAGGCAAUGCUUACGACGAACAUUGACAGGCCCUUGGUAACUCGGAUGAAAUUGGACUGCGAAUAUAAUAAGAUGAGUGCUCGAGUUUACGAACAUUAUAGGUAGUACGGUACAGAGAUUGGAGCUUGUAUCUGAUAUCUGAAUCCAAUCUUAUACUAGAAACAGUAGGUAACUGGUCUGUAUAGGAGAGGAGUGUUGAGUUGUAAAUUAUAAAACUAAUUAAAGUUAAUUAGUCUCAUAUUGUAGAUUAAACUUCUUGCGUUUUUGGUGGACUCUUUGCUUCUCAUUUGAUGGCAGGGGGAAUCUAGUUUAAUUAAACAAGUCAUAUUUAGACUA